AUGCGCCUCAAUCUCUUCCACUACGGCGUCUCAACCUUCGUUGCUAUGGCAACCAUCGUCAGCCUGUCAGCUGGCCGCGACCUCCGUCCCUCGGAUCACGGCCUAGUCUACCAAGGGCACGCUUCAGCGCCCACUCAAAAGGGUGACGCACAACAAAUGCUCUCCUUCUUCGGCUCGACUACGACGGAGUCGUCGGUGCCGUUUCCGGAGGCGCAGAAUAUCAGCGACGACACGUGGUCGAGCGGUGGAGGCAUCCGCAGAGAGCACGUGAGGAUGGGUUUGCUGGUGGCGAGUGCGGUUUUUGGGAUGGCGGGCAUCGUUUUGCUGAUUGUCUCGGGGAUGUUUUUCGUCGUUCGGCUCCGCAACCGCAGGCAGAAGGCGGAAGCAGAGAGAUUAUCGUCAAAUUCUGAGCUCCAUGCACCCAAUGAUAAGUAG